GUGUGCGUGGGAGCCUCAAUCUCCCAACUUUAGUUGACUUUUACUUCAGAGAUCAACUCGUGUCCCGUAGAUGGCGGCAGCGGCAGCAGCUUGGCCGGGAUGAUGGCGGUGGCGGCUCUUCACAGGAGCCCGGGCUCCGGCUGAGGGACCGGGGAGGCUUGACAUGUGUACACGGAAAGCAGGGAGGAGCUAGAACGCAGCAAUCAAAAUCUUGAUAUAUUUUAGUCGAUCGCCUGGACAACUGUUUUCUUCUAAUCAGCGCUCAGGAAUAAAGAUUACAGGAGUGCAUCUUAAUUCAAACCAGGGAUCAGUCCACGGCACAUUAGUGCAGCUGGUAGAACUGCUGUCUCUCAGCGCUAGAGAACCAGUGGUCCAGCUGUGAUGGCUUCACUUGACUGGCUGGUCGUUUCAGUCACUAGUUUCACGAUAUUUCAAAUUCUGUUCCAUUAUUUAAGUGCAAAGAUAUCCAUUUAUUUCUGCAACGGUUAUCGAACGUUGACCGAUUUUCAAAAGAUUGAAUGGAAUUCCAGGGUAGUGUCCACAUUCCAUGCGUUGCUAGUUGGGGUAGUGUGUCUGUAUUUGCUGUGGUAUGAUGAUGCUGUUAAUGCGGAUCCUCUCUGGGGAAAUCCUACACGUGUAAAAUUAAAUGUUGGUCUUGCCGCUGGCUACCUCUUUUCGGAUUUGCUCCUUCUUUUGUGGUAUUGGCAAGCAAUUGGGGACAUGUAUUUUAUAAUCCACCAUUUGACAGCGCUGUAUGCCUACUAUUAUGUACUGGGUGAAGGAAUGCUGCCUUAUUUUGCUAACUUUCGUCUGAUUGCAGAGUUUUCAACUCCAUUUGUUAACCAGCGGUGGUUUUUGGAAGCAUUAUGUUACCCAAAAACUUCCAAACCAAAUAUCAUUAAUGGGCUACUGAUGGCGAUGAUAUUCUUCCUGGCGAGAAUUGCUGUCAUGCCCCUGUACUAUAACAAAAUGAUUUCUACAUUUGGAACGGAGGCCUUUUCCAAGCUAGGACUGCGAGCACAAUUUGCUUGGAUCACUGUUAGUAUUUGCUUGGAUGUUAUGAAUGUAAUGUGGAUGUACAAAAUUGGAAAGGGAUGCAACAAAGUUUUGAUUGCCUGCAAGAAGGAAAUGGCAGAUGUCCAAGAAAAUGGAAAGCAACAGUAGCCACUCCCUUUUACUCUGUCAUCUUUAGGUUUUUAUUUCUACAAAGGUGUUUAUCGUUGGAAUUUUGUGUACAUUAUCCAACGGUGUACUGUGUUAGUUCAAAGGACUGUACACAAAUACAGAUGACCGUUGCAUUUUGGAAUUUAUAAGCCCAAAACAUUUAUGACCAUACAAAGGUGAAGUAUGAAAAAUGAAUAUUUACGGACUAAUUAUUGCUUGACUUUUAUCUUGCAUACAAAAGAGUAAAUGGAGGCACUUCAGUUGCAUGCUGAUUACAUCCAACUCUGGGAUAUCUCCAUAAUAACACAUUGGACAUGUUUAUUUUGGAAGUCUUUGUAACGCCAUGAAUGUUGUGAACCAAUUGUAUGCCUUGAUUUUUUCUUGCUGUGAGGGAAGCACGAUUUUGUUUUGGAAACUUGCAAAUGCAGCGUUGAAGAUUCUCAUGCCAACCACGUCCAACAAUAUUCUUCUUCCCUGGAAUCUUGUGAAAGAAUGAUGUGCAUUUACAUCGUGCCUUCAGUUUAGCCUUCGGCUUAGAAAAGAAGUCCCAAAGUGCUUUGACCAUCUGACAAAGACAAGUCAUAUUCCUGCUGGCUGGGAGGAUGACAUUUGUCAAAAUCCAUGCAGAGAAGAACUCUUUUUUAACAUGUUUUUAAUCUACAUUUUACUGUGCAAUUUCAAGAAAUAUCAUCAUGUGAAGUCAAAGUUGAUCUGCUGGCUGUCUGCAACACUUACCGUGUACAAUAGAUUGAUGAUUAGCAUAGGAAUUAUUAAUAGCGGACUAGAUAUAGGAACCUUUAUAUGUUAAACUAAAAAAAAAGAUCUACGGAUUCACAAGAAUUGUAGCCACCAAUAUAUAAUUUUAAGACUUAGCCUUGUAAAAUAUUUACCGGUGAUAAUGUUCUGACAAAUCCUUGUAUUAUCAAUAAUUACUUAUUUAGAGUAAUGUUUAGGUUGAGUAUUAAUCUGGGCAAAAAAAAUGUAUUGUGGAUUUUAACAGAACUAUGAAUUUUAAUUUUGUGCAAUUUUGAAUAGGCAUUAAUACCAUAGUUCACAUGUGUGGUAGAUGAGAACAUAUUGAUUGUUCCUUGAAUAUAGUAAUAACAUCUGAUCAGAGUUUCGUAUGACCUUUUGUUAGUCUUAUCAAUCUCUCACUGUAAUAUUGACAAAUACCUCUUAAAUCAAGUCCUCCAAGGCAUUAGUAUUUCUGGUGUUUAUAGUAUAGAAUCUAUACCACGGUUUUCUUCAAUCUAAUGCUCGUCCAAUGUUGAGGAUGAUUUCAAAGUGCAGAUUUUAAUAUUGUACACGUGUGCAGUGUAAUGGUUACAUCAUGAAGUAUCAUAAGCUGAUAUCAUAAGUUUGGUAGAACUAUAGGAUAUGAUUUUUAGCAUCAGGUGAUGUCUUUAUUUUUGUAAACUGAUGUGCCACUAAAUCUUGUAGACAACAAGUUUAAAUAGAGGUUCUGUGGAGGAAGUUGGUUAAACUAUUAGUGAACUAGAUUUCAACUUAAGUUAUGGCAGCACAGUAGCAUAAGCAGUGGGUUGUAGCUAGGUUCCAGUGAUCCCGGUUCAAUCCUGAUCCCUGGUACUGUCUGCAUGGAAUUUGCACAUUAUUCCUGUGAUCAUCUGGGUUUCCUCCAGGAGGUCCCGUUUCCUCCCUCAUCUAAAAAAAAAUGCAGGUUGGUAGAUUAAUCGGUACUGGAAAUUGUCCCGAGAGUAUCAUUGAGUGUUAGAAACUAGGGGGAAUUUGUGGGUAGUAUACAUUAGAUUAGGGUAAGGAAGUCAGCAUGUAACAGUGGGACAAAGGGGCUGUUUCCAUUUGAUGCAAAGUUUUCAAAUUAACCAUGAUGAAAGGAAAGAGUACCAGAAUCUAAAUGGGCAUCUAAGAAGGAGUUUGUCCAGGCUGAGUCAAAUUGGAUUGAUAAUGUCUUUAGGCUGUAUUGUACGUACGCACUCCUGGGCUAUGCUUCUUUUAAACUUUUUCAAACUUUAUUAGUUUAUGAAACCUUUUUAUAAUUGUUUCUAAUCAUUGAGUUGUUGCUUGUGUCUGUGUAUCUGUUUUAAGAACAUGUUUUACCACGACGUACAAGCUAAAUAGAGGGACGAAUUGCCUUAUUUAUUAUUGGUAAAAUAUGGCUUACCAUUCCGUUCAGAAAAAGCAGUGGGUCUUUUUCUCUUCCAGUGAAUCAAGGAAAACAGAAAGGUCACACUUUAUGUGAAAAGCUAUAGACUCAUUUUGGAAUUUAGAUUGUAUAUUGCAAAUGAAACUUUUGCAAAGUUGAACAACCUAUCAAGUUGUGGGAACUGUUUAUUUGAAGCUGCCGACCCAACAACUAUAUUCAGCAAUCACCCCAAUAUUCGAUUUAGAAACAAAGAACAGCAGAUGCAAGUUUGCAGAAAAAGACCAAGUGCUGGAGUAACUCAGCGUGUCAGGUGUUCAAGUUGUGUGAUUCAGCAGUCUUUAUGUUUGGGAAAGCAUAGGCUAACUAUUUUGCUGUAAAUAUAAUUGUUAACAAAAAUAUAUUUUAUCCUAUAGUUCUAUGUAAAAUAGUUAGCAUGGGAGGAUCUUUUGGUUCCAUUGUUCCAUACCAAAUAUAGGUUUAUAUAUGAUGAAACUAGUUUUGUUUGAACUGAAUAAAACAGCAGAAGGGUUUUAGCACAUUGUAUGCCAAAUUAUCUGGGAAAUCUUCACAAAACAGUGAGUAUGUUAUUAUUUAAGCAAAUCUUUUGAGGUAUGAUUAUGUGUUUAUGUAAUAUUUUUAUGACCGAAAUGGGGAAGGAUCAAAAGGGGCGAUUUGAGCUUUGGAAAAUUGUUUUCAUUUUCCACAAUAUUUUGUUGUCUCUCUUGUUUUAUAUUUGUCCUGAUGAUGGUUAUUUAAGGAUAGAAAUUAGUCUUUGAUUUUUACACUGCAAAUUUUUUUGCUUUCCAUUUGAACUCCCAUUGCAAUUUUGAGCAGAUAUAAAACUUUUUUUAAUGUACAAGAGUACAUAAAAACUGCAUAGCCAAGCCAGUUGGACAAACUAGUUCUAGUUUUGAAUUCUGUACUGUGAAUUUCUUAAUCCCAGUUGAAUUUGGCAGUUAGCUACCAAAGAUGGUAUAACCCUUUCGUAGUAAAUGAGGGAGAAAAUCUGCAAAGGAUUCUUGACCUAAUCGAUGGCUUCUCCCGAAAAAGUGUACCGAUGUGAUUGUCUGAUAUGUUAGGUGUGCUAGUGAUGUUGUCACUGAUCAAAUAACAGGUUGAAAUUUUGCUCUGCACAACCCCACAUAUGGACUUUCCCCAGGUGUUGCAUGUGAGGUGCUAUUGUACCUGUGCAGCUGUGCUCCAGAAAGACCCACCAUCUUCAAUAUGCAAAAGGAAAAUUGUUCUUUUUAUAUGAAAAAAAUAUAUAUAUUUAUAGCCUAUUUUUUAAAAGAAGUAAUCUCCAGUUAGACUUUUUUUCCAGAACUAUUUAUUCUUACAGAGGAAAGCUUGCUUUGGGCCAAGGUGUCACAUGCAAUAAGAUGUUUAUUUUUGAUUUGCAGCUAACUUUAGUGUGUAUAUUGCUUUAAUUACUUGAGUCAUUACAUAUUUGUCUUUGUUUUAUCUUUAAAGAACUUAUAUUUGUGUUUUUUGUCUUUUUGCCCGUGUCAUCUGUAUGUUAUGUUCAUGAACCUGAAAGUGGCUUUUUUUGGUAAAUUAUUUUGAGGUGUCUUUAAGUGUUGAUUGAUUCUAAUCAUUUUAAAAACUGGUGUUUUGGUGACUUUCUAAGAAGGAUAAUGGUUGCAUUUGCCAAUCGCAUUGUUAAUGAAUGGAGCUAAAUAACACAUCUUGAAAAGCUAAUAUAAUUUGUUUGUUAUUUAAUAUCUAUGCAAACUAUCUUGAAAUAUCUGUGAGUUGUUACAGAGAAUUGUGAUGAGUAAGGUUAACUGAUUUCCAUAGCUAUAAAUGUGUAUAUUGCUUUAAUACAUUCUUAAGAUGAAUGUGAAUAAGAGAAUACGGACUUAAGAUGAAUCACAAAUACUCUGAUGUCGUACGGGAAAAAAAUUGGAGGCAAUUUGUCAUGACCUGCCUGAUAAGGCAGUGAAAACAGAUUCAGUGGUGAAUUUCAAAAGAGAAUUGGAUAAAUAUUCAAGAACAAAUAUUUGAUGGCUUAAGAAGCAUGGAAGUGGGUUGAAUCGAAUUUCCAAGGGUCAGAUGGGAUAGACAGCCACAUGCCUUUUAUUUUGUGUCCUGUCUUUCUAUGUAAUUACAUCUUUCAUUGUCAUCAAUAAAAACCUUUAAAUUCAAUUUUGCUCUAUCCAAUGUAAAUAUCAUUUAAAUCUAAUUUUGCAUUUCUCAAAACUUAACCUUAUGAAAACUAUACCUCCUUGGUUGAUAUUGAAAGCAUUUUAUGUAGUGCCGGGAUGAUUUUUGUAAUUUUCAUAUGUGAUUAAAUUUAACCUACAUGA